GUGUUUCAAAGGUUGUCAAUAUCUCAAGAUGUCACAACGUCUCAACGAAAUGAAAUGGUUUUGGUGUUUCCUUGUAUUUUAUUCUGGAUCUGCAUGGAACCCCGUCAAAGCUGCUCCGAAUCCUCAAAACAGACCAAGUACUAUUGAAUCUCAAGCAAAAUUUUUCCAGGACUUUUUCUCAGUACAGUUGAGCCCAUACAAGAUAGAGUUUGGUCAUGUUUGCGAAGAUCCGAACACGUGGGAGCAACGUUACGAGAGGAAAGAUUAUAAAAACCACAGGGACAUGGGAAAAGUUCGUUGGGGCGACAAGAAAGGAGGAUAUGGAGAACAUUAUUGGGAUCUAAAUCACGCAGGUCACACAGACGACCAUGAUAAUGGUGAUUACGAUUCUGAUGGUCAAUAUAACCAUGACACGUAUGAUGAACCCAGUGAACUAUCGCCUUCAUAUGAAUCUAGUGAAAAACAAACAUACGACGAAAGUGAACGUAUAAAGAGGGCUGAUUUUGAAAAAGCGCGAAAAGAAAUAGAAACACCGAGAGGUCAAUAUGAUCAAGCACAUUACGCUAAUGAAAACGGCGGAGAAUUUAGUAAAAAACAAAAGAAACCAAGGGAGAAACACCACAUAGUGUUAGUGGUAAACCAAAGAGAAAGAGAGCCUAAUAGACAAAAGGAUAUGAAGCAGUUCGUGCCCUACGAGAGUCGUUUAGGAGUUAGACGUCAUCAAAAUCUAGAAAGUUCCGUAGCUGCAUCAGCUCCAAGGCUUUUCUUUGAAUCGUCCACGGGUCAUGUAAUAGAUAGAACUACUGGUCAAGCGUAUAUGUUACAGCCAGUUAUCAUUAAUCAUUAGAGAUAAUUAAAAACAUUAUUUAUGAAACGUAAUUUUAUGUUCUGUUAAGUGU